AUGGCAGGCAGAGGAAGUAACACAGACUGCAUGUCAUGCAGUGUACUGAACUGGGAGCAGGUCAGCCGUCUGCAUGAGGUUCUUACAGAGGUGGUUCCGAUCCAUGGACGAGGUAACUUCCCGACACUGAAGAUAACGCUGAAGGACAUUGUUCAGACUGUUCGGAGUAGGCUGAGUGAAGCAGGCAUUGUCGUACAUGAUGUCCGUCUGAAUGGCUCUGCAGCUGGUCAUGUCCUGGUCAAGGAUAAUGGGCUGGGAUGCAAAGACCUGGAUCUCAUUUUUCAAGUUUCUCUUCCAAGUGAGGCAGAGUUUCAGUUAGUUCGAGAUGUGGUGUUGCGAUCCCUCUUGAAUUUCUUGCCAGAAGGAGUAAGCAAGCUAAAAAUCAGUCCAGUAACACUGAAGGAAGCCUACAUCCAGAAGCUGGUCAAAGUGUACACAGAGUCUGACCGUUGGAGCUUGAUAUCACUUUCCAACAAGCAUGGCAGGAAUGUGGAGCUGAAGUUUGUAGACUGUAUACGACGACAGUUUGAGUUCAGUGUGGACUCCUUCCAAAUCAUACUGGAUUCCCUGCUCUUUUACUAUGACUACUCAGAAACCCCCAUGUCGGAGCAGUUCCAUCCAACUGUGAUCGGGGAGAGCAUGUAUGGAGACUUUGAAGCAGCUUUUGAUCACCUCCAGAACAAGCUGAUAGCUACCAAAAAUCCUGAAGAGAUCCGAGGUGGUGGGCUUCUGAAGUAUAGUAACCUCUUAGUACGAGACUUCAGACCCAUGGAUAAGGAUGAGAUCAAAACAUUAGAGCGCUACAUGUGCUCCCGAUUCUUCAUAGACUUCCCAGACAUCCUGGAUCAGCAGCGCAAACUAGAGACCUACCUCCAGAACCACUUCUCCAAAGAAGAGAGGAGCAAAUAUGACUACCUCAUGAUUCUGCGCAGGGUGGUAAAUGAGAGCACAGUCUGUCUUAUGGGACAUGAGCGAAGGCAGACUCUCAACUUGAUUUCUCUGCUAGCACUCAAAGUUCUGGCAGAACAAAACAUCAUCCCUAAUGCCACUAAUGUUACGUGUUAUUACCAGCCAGCACCUUACGUUAGUGAUGUAAACUUCAGCAACUACUAUCUUGCGAAUGCUCCUGUGCCAUACAGCCAGUCCUACCCCACUUGGCUGCCUUGCAAUUGAUCAUUUCACUUGAGCGUUCUUGAGUGGAGGCUACUGAAG